GCGUGGGCGAGGAGGGCGGGGGCGGCUUCGCCUGUUUCCUGUGCUUGGAUGCGCUGGGCAACGGCAUUGCCAAAACCUGGAAGGGGUUGCUGUUCCGCGGGGGUGAGUGCUUCAACGCCGUGCGCGCGUACAGGCGGAUCCUGGAGAAGUGCCCGAAGGCUCUUGAUGCCGCCGACAAGAACGCGCUCGAGGACCCGACCGGCCGGAGGAAUGACGUUCUCAUGAUGAAGAGGGCCGAGGGCGGAUGGAGCCGUGCUGAAAGCAUAUCUCGCAUCAAGGCGAAACCAGCGCACGUCGAGAAGCAUUGGGCCCAGGAGGACAUCAAGGACAAGCUGCUUCUGAACAAGCGCAGGUACAAGUCUUACGCCGGUCAUUGGGGCAAGGUCGAGUCGGGCGCGGCGUCGGAAGAUUUCGACAACGAGCUCAGGAGGUUGGGGUCCAUUGGCAGCAAUAGGUUCAACGAGGCAGGCGAGCGGUGUGUCAUUGUGGCUGACAACCCCAGACAGCGCGGCAAGACGGGCGCAAUCGAGAGGUCGGGGGCGGACGACGACGACUACCCGCGCGGGGACUUCGGGCGGCAACGUCGCGGCAAGGGCGGCAAGUCUCAGGGCGAAGGCGCAGGGCAUCGGGUUCGCCGCUUGGCCGCCUUGGCCGAUGCGCCCUUGGAAGGUCUGAGUGGCGACGACGGUGCGCUGUCAGAUGCCCCCAGCCGCCGCGCGCGCAGCGCCCCGAGGCCCAGCCCGAUCCCGCCUGCUUCUGCGAAGCUGGCUCCGCGGCUCAGCGCCACGGCGCUCCGAGACCAUGACGGGGCCCAGUCGCGGGACGGCGGCGCUGUCAGCGUGGCCAGCGCCAUGCCUGGCACCAAGAUCACUGCAAUCCAGCUGCUCAAGGAGAAGGCCGCCCUCCGCGAGCAGAUCGCUGACGCGGAGCAGCACGUCGACGGGCCGAAGAGCAUCUGCGCGAGGAUGACGGUGGCGGACAAGAAGAUCAGCGCGGAGAGCAGGAAGUACCUGGAUACUGUCACAGCCGAUGUCGUCAUGAAGCUGAGUGAUGCGGUCACUAAGGCGCGGAUGCUCAAGGGGAAGAGGCUCGCCGAGUGGACGGAGCCCUUACAUGGGCGGUACGAACGCACGAAAGUCGUCAACCGCCUCGUGAGCGGUGGCUCCCACAAGAACUCUGCUAAGCUUCAGCCAGACUUGCUCUAUUCGGAUAAGCCUCCAGCCAAUGUCGCGGUGGACCCCGAUGCAGUCGACCACAAGGCGAUCUCUGUUUGGAGAAAGGCCGAUGUGAACUCGGACAAGGGCAGGUGUGUCUCAUUGCCAGAGAAGGCCGAGAAGAUGAACAAGAAGUUGAUGGACAAUCCCACGUGGAAUGGUUGCCUUGGUAGUCUUCCCCAGGUUCAGCCAGCCACGUUCGAGAAGUACGACCUGGGCGAAUGCCCAUGGGGCACCGCCGCUGGCACGGGCAGCAAGGGUCUUUGCCCGUGGCUUGCGUCUGUCAAGAAGGAGGUGUUCAAGUACGGGCCCAAGUCAUGGCCCCGUCUUGGUGUCGGUUGUUUCGUGACCGUCGAGACGCCCAUGGUGGUCGAGCUCUUGGCGAUCGAGCCCCUGUUGACGAAUGGCAUUACGCUGACUGAUGCAACGGGCUUCCUCACUACGGAUGACGGUAAGACGUACGUGGAGGAGUCCGUGACGCCCAUCAAGAUGAAUGGCAGGUCGUUGUUGUGGGUGCCGUACGGCUACGCGUGUUUGCCACUCUUUACUGCCUUCACGCCGUCAGAGCAGUGCGAGGGCAUC